AUGUCGGCAGCUAUCCAAACCGCUACCCAUCAGUCUCCUGCUCUGGGAUCACCGCCCUUGUCCGCCUCAUCGAAUCGACACUAUACGCCCUCUCAAUCCUCCCCUGCCAUCGAAGCGAACAAUGCUUACCAGCGAGCCACAUCAUCCCCAUCAUCCCGACGCCCCCCGUCCCGCAAGGCAAGCGGCAACGGCUCGCCAGCAGUUGAUACCAACGCUGUAGCCUCUCGAAACGGUGGGCCGUACAGUUCCGCUACGUAUUCACCCCAGUCAGAUCGCUCCUCCAAAAUGGCUCCCGUGGCGCCUCCCAGAACAUCGUCCAACCAGCAAAGUUCGAGCUCGCGAAGAAACCAAUACCCGACCGAGAAGAUGACGAACUCUCCGAAGCAUGUUCAAAGUGAUAGAUCUCGCCCUAGCUCCAGAUCCGACCCGAACGGUGCGUUUGAGAAUGGACACAGGUCAAAACGGGCCCCCGAUCAACACUAUGCACAUGAUCCCGCAGCACGCCCGAGCGGUACGACGACUACGAUUCCUAUUCGAACACAGCAGAGAGAUGAGGAGGCUUCACCAGCGCCGGUAGUUGGCACAAGCCCCGGAAACGAGGAGCGCAGAGGUGGCCGCAGCCGACAUGACUACAGCAAUCGGUCCCAGAGGGGCACUGCCAAAUUCGGUGAUUUCAUUUUGGGCAACACAAUCGGCGAAGGAGAGUUCGGAAAGGUGAAACUUGGAUGGAAACAGGAUAGCAGCGUCCAGGUGGCAAUCAAACUAAUCAAAAGGGAUACUGUCGGCGGCAACCCAUCCAGGUUGGCAAAAAUCCACCGCGAAGUCACCAUCUUGCGUGACCUGCAGCACCCAAACAUUGUUCAAUUAAUUGAUAUGGUGGAGACGGACCGAUACAUCGGCAUCAUCCUCGAGUACGCGUCCGGCGGAGAGUUGUUCGAUUUCAUUCUUAAUCACCGGUACCUAAAAGACCAGUCGGCCCGUCGGUUAUUUGCACAACUUGUUUCUGGUGUCGGCUAUCUGCACAAGAAGGGCAUUGUUCACCGAGAUCUGAAGUUGGAGAACUUGCUUCUUGAUCGGAACCGAAACAUUAUUAUUACCGAUUUUGGCUUUGCGAACACCUUUGAUCCGGUUGAGGAACUUACGAAUGAAGAGGAACUCAACUUGUCGGAUCGGGACUACGUCAAGAGGAUGGGGCUCGACAAGGUGAAGCCAAGUGGGAUGAGAAAAGGUGAUCUGAUGCAAACUAGCUGUGGAAGUCCAUGCUACGCUGCUCCCGAACUAGUUGUCAGUGACUGCCUCUAUACUGGGCGAAAAGUUGACGUUUGGAGUUGCGGUGUCAUUUUGUAUGCCAUGCUGGCUGGAUAUCUUCCAUUCGACGACGACCCUGCCAAUCCCGAAGGCGACAACAUCAACCUUCUCUACAAAUAUAUCGUGACCACCCCUCUCACCUUUCCCGAAUACGUCACCCCUCACGCCCGCGACUUGCUCCGCCGCAUCUUAGUCCCUAAUCCACGAAAGCGAGCAGACCUCUUUGAGGUUGCCCGUCACAGCUGGCUGAGCGAAUACGCACAUGUUGUCGAGUUUAUCACAAGCUCGACUACUCUACCACAAGAUAUCCAGAAUGUCACACCCACAGCGACGGAGGAGGCUGUUGAGACACCCGUCGUCACUCGCAGCUCCUCUGUUCGUGAACAACACAAGCAGAAGGCCUACUCUCCCACUCCAGUUGGCGGUCUCGCGAAGGCGCAUGCCAAGAUUGACACAGAGGCUGAGGCAGCCCAGCGGACGCCUAAGGAUGCUAAACGGCGAACUGUGCAGGUUGAGUACGUUGCUCCCACAACACAGACACAGCGUGGUGCGGAGACCAGUUCGCAGAGCGAAAGAACUCGGUCAGUUUCGCGGGGACGGGCAGAAGAUCAACAGGCUAUCCAACAAGAACGCCCCGUUGCUCCAGAUCCGCCGGUCACACAGGAUACAGUGUCUCGGCCUCCACCAACGAAGCGUGCCUAUCCUCCACAAAAGGCACCGAUUGCUCCACGGGGUCCUCGAGAGCCUCCUAGAGAGUCACGCCCUCCUACUGAUAAUACCUAUAUUCCUCAAUCGAGCUCGGGAAUGAGACCGCAAACAGGUCACUCCCUCGCUUCAGCUGCCUCUAUGGGGCUACAGUCCGUUGGCCAAUAUGGUCAGCCUGCCCCCCCUGCUAUUGCCGAUACCAAUGCAGAGGGUCGUAUUGAACAGCCGUCUCCCAUUGGAACUCCUGAGGUGCAACCACCUAGUGGAAACCCCCCUCCCAAAUUUGCCCAGAUCUCGGGUAUGAACGAGGCCCAGGGCCGUCCUGCCCGUGGUCAUAAGAGGUCUAGCACUCUGGGUGAAAUUGGAUCGAAGCUUCUAGGACGUAGCGGGUCUGUCUUCGGUCGCAGUAAGAAACGCCCAGAACAGCAGCCGGACAAUUCUAGGAAAUACCCUCCCAUCAGCAUGGCCAACGCGAUGCCAGGCGGCGAUCCAGGACCACGGCCAUCGAUGGAAUCCAAGACUUCUCGACGGUCGUUCUCUCUCGGACUAGGAAAGAAGCGAAGUGGGAGCAUUAAUGGAGAGAAGGAGAAGGCUUCAGGCCGUCGUCGUUUCUCGUUGCUUCCUCCAUUCUCCAUGAAGUCGACGCCCGGGCGCGAGGACACUGCAACCCCUCCUUCAGAGCUUGGCUCGCAACACAACCUUCCCAUUCAAGACAACCGAAUGGAACCCCCUCGGAGCUUUACUUCGCACGGAGAUGGCAGCCCAGUGUUUGAAACCGUAUACGGCAGGGGACCUCCCCCAACAUCCAAUGCCGGUGGUGCUCGCCACCAAAGAUUCGCCUCGACACAGCUGGAUCCAAGGUCAGCCAACGCAAUACCUCCUUACAUGCAACAGGGGAGAGUCCAAUAUAACACGGGCUCCGAAUCAUCUAUUGAUAUGCGUAGACCCCCCACAGAACCACAGAUGGGGAGCUAUCAAGGAUUCUCAGGGUCAGAGGCUACCAUUGGACAGAGAGGCCAACAACGAGGCCAGCUGCACAAGAAUGCCAAGAAGUUCACGGAUGCCUAUGACCAAGGCGAUUUCCGAGGACCUGAAGCAAGCACCGGUGCCGCCAAGCGAGUGAUGGACUUUUUUAGGAAAAGAGGCAAAGCUCGCGGCGGUGAGGAGCGAUAA